AUGUACCAUUAACUUGUUCAUUUCUUAAACUUUACUUAUAUGCAGCCUCAGGCCAACCAAGGUGGUUAGCCAUGGCUCACCAUUAUUCUAAUAAGGCCUUAGGUUGCUUUCUCUUAUUUUCUCUUCUUGUUUCAUCUUUUCCAACUUUUUCCUAUGGCCACAAUCAUCAUGUAUUUGAUCCUAUAGUGAUUCAUUCACCACUAACUGAAAUUGGUGAGGCUCCAGCUGAAUCACCAGAGCCAUCAUUCAUUGGUGAUGCACCUGCCCCUUCACCUCAAACUGGAGUUGCUUGUGACACAAGUUUCCCCAAUGAAAGACUUAAAAAUGCACAUGUUGCAUUUCAAGCAUGGAAAAAUGCAAUUUACUCUGACCCUUUGAACACAACUGGUGAUUGGGUUGGUAAUGAUGUUUGUUCUUACAAUGGUGUGUUUUGUGCUCCUGCUCUUGAUGAUCCUACACUGAAUGUUGUUGCUGGUGUUGAUCUUAACCAUGCUGACAUUGCUGGUCACCUUCCUGAAGAGUUAGGCCUAUUGAAAGAUGUUGCACUUUUUCAUAUUAACUCAAACAGAUUUUGUGGGAUUGUUCCUGAAAGCUUUGAGAAUCUUACCCUUAUGCAUGAGUUUGAUAUCAGUAACAAUCGUUUUGUUGGUGAUUUUCCUUUUGUGGUUUUGAAAUGGCCAAAUCUGAAGUACUUGGAUAUUAGAUUCAAUAACUUUGAAGGAAAAUUGCCUAAGGAACUAUUUGAGAAAGAACUUGAUGCAAUAUUUUUGAACAACAACCGUUUCACAUCAUUUAUACCAGAGACACUUGGAAAAUCAAGUGCAUCUGUUGUUAAUUUUGCUAACAAUCAUUUCACAGGUUGCAUUCCAAAAUCAAUUGGGAACAUGGUGAAUUUGAAUGAGAUUGUGUUGUUGGGAAAUGAUAUUAGUGGUUGUUUUCCACAAGAGAUUGGUUUGUUAGGAAAUGUGACUGUUUUGGAUGCUAGUCAGAAUGAGCUUGUAGGAACAUUGCCAAACUUGUCAGGAUUGAAGAACGUUGAAGUUAUUGACAUAGCACAUAACAAACUUAGUGGAUAUGUGUCUAACACUAUUUGUCAACUACCUUCAUUGAAGAAUUUCACAUUCUCUUACAAUUAUUUUAAUGGAGAAGCUCAAACUUGUAUUCCUUCUAGUAAUUCAUUUGUUGUAUUUAAUGAUGUCAAAAAUUGUUUACCAGGAAGAAAGAAUCAAAAGACAUCUAAGGAAUGUUUACCAGUGUUGACUAGACCUGUGGAUUGUAGCAAGCAUUGUGGUGGUGCAUCUUCAACACCAAAACCAUCAAAGCCACUUCCUCCUCCUAAGGAAGAGACACCAAAGACUAAGCCACCACCAUCAACACCUAAGGCUAAACCACCACCAACUCCAAAAGCUAAGCCACCGCCAACACCGAAGGCCAAGCCACCUCCAACUUUGCCACCAGUUGAAGAUAUUCCACCAACAUUGCCACCGGUUGAGGACAUUCCACCUACACUACCACCAGUUGAAGAUAUUCCACCAACAAGUGCACCAAUGUUAUCACCUCCUGUCGUUUAUCAAUCACCACCUGCACCUGUUAACUCCCCACCUCCACCAGUUCAUUCUCCUCCACCACCUGUUUACUCUCCACCUCCACCGGUCCACUCUCCACCGCCACCACACCUAGUUCAAUCUCCUCCACCACCAGUUCACUCUCCACCUCCACCAGUUCAAGUUCACUCUCCACCACCACCAGUCCACUCUCCACCACCACCAGUUCAAGUUCACUCUCCACCACCACCAGUUCUAGUUCACUCUCCACCACCACCGGUCCACUCUCCACCACCACCAGUUCAAGUUCACUCUCCACCACCACCGGUCCAUUCUCCACCUCCACCACCAUCAGUUCAUUCUCCUCCACCACCGUCGCCAAUUAACUCUCCACCCCCACCUGUCCAUUCACCUCCACCACCAGUAUACUCUCCACCCCCACCGGUACAUUCACCUCCACCACCACCAGUUUACUCUCCACCCCCACCGGUACAUUCACCUCCACCACCACCAGUUUACUCUCCACCCCCACCAGUCCAUUCAUCUCCACCACCACCAGUCCAUUCACCUCCACCACCACCAGUGUACUCUCCACCCCCACCAGUCCAUUCAUCUCCACCACCACCAGUCCAUUCACCUCCACCACCACCAGUGUACUCUCCACCCCCACCAGUCCAUUCAUCUCCACCACCACCAGUCCAUUCACCUCCACCACCACCAGUGUACUCUCCACCCCCACCAGUCCAUUCUCCUCCACCACCAGUCUACUCACCACCACCACCAGUACAAUCUCCACCUCCACCACCACCAGUGUACUCUCCACCCCCACCAGUCCAUUCUCCUCCACCACCGGUCUACUCUCCACCACCGCCUGCACACUCUCCACCUCCUCCACCAUUGGUCAACUCUCCACCACCAACACCAAUAUGGGAUAACAUCACCCUACCGCCAAACAUUGGAGCUGAAUAUAGGUCACCUCCUCCCCCGACAAUUGCUGGAUACUAAAAUAGAAGACUGCUAUUUUAUUAACAUCUUUGUUAUUAUUUUUGUAAUAUAUAGUUCCAAAAAUACUUACACAAAGUUCAACUUCACGUAUCAAUUCUAAUUUCAAUCAUUUUUAAUGAUAUUUUAUUUCUCCUUGCUUCU